UGUAUUAUUGUUUACGUCUAGACUGUCUCUGGUUCGCCCAUUGAUUACUUCUGUUGCUAGCCGUGGAAAGGCAACACUGCCGGAUUUGCCCUAUGAUUACAAUGCUCUUGAGCCGGUGAUCUCUGCUGAAAUCAUGCAAUUGCAUCAUUCUAAGCACCAUCAAGCUUACGUUAACAACUUGAACGUUUCACUGGAGAAACUUGAAGAAGCAAAGUCAAAAAAUGACACUAAAACUAUCAUUCAGCUGGAACCUGCCAUUCGUUUCAAUGGCGGCGGGCACAUCAAUCACAGCAUCUUCUGGCAGAACUUGUCGGCCAACGGCGGAGAGCCGUCGGCUGAGCUGUUGGCCGCCAUCAAGGCUGAUUUUGGCUCACUGGAGAACAUGAAGGCAAAGGUGUCAGCGCUGGCAAUUGCCGUUCAGGGCUCCGGCUGGGCCUGGCUGGGCGUCUGUCCGCAGUCGGGUCGCCUUCGAGCGGUUGCCUGUCCCAACCAGGAUCCGCUGGAGGCAACCACUGGCCUGGUGCCCCUCUUUGGCAUUGACGUUUGGGAGCACGCCUACUACCUGCAGUACAAGAAUGUCCGGCCUGAUUACGUGAACGCCAUUUGGAAGGUGGCCAACUGGAAGGACGUUUCGGCACGCUAUCAAAGUGGAAAACCGAAAAACUAA